AUGAUUGCCGCCGGAGCGCGAAACGAGGGCGGUGACGGCGGGGCGGGAUGUUGCGCCCUCGGUGCGUUCACACUUGUUGAGAUCAGUCCGGACUUUCAUCCCCUUCUCGAGGCCUCACCACACUCGCCCGGCGUCCGCCUUAGACUGUUCCGGUCUGGAAUUUCCUACCUCUCCAAGGUUGCUUCAAAUGUUCUCGCUGAACAGCUGCCACGACUUUUUAUUCCGGAUGUUGAACAUCGUCUUCCUAGAGAUCAAGGAGUCAUCUACAUCACACGAAUGAAGAUAUCAAGAUUCCGUCGAGCUGAAUCAGAGAACGUGACAACGUAUGCACCGAAUCGAGUCUCGUGGCUCAUGAAGAAUCUUGAUCUUGGGUUCAUCGGAGAUCUGAGCGGUGCUGUGAACAUUGUGGUUCCAUUUAACCUCACGGGACAAGCUGAAGUACAAGCUCAGGGUUUAUCAGUUCAACUUGACAGCGCUAUUGAGAGCACUGCGAACGGCUCAGCUCGCGUUAGCACUGUUUCAUGUCAUUCGACUAUCCGAUCCGUCGACGUUAUGAAUCACAAUGGAGGUCUCUUUGGUUUAGCAGUCACCGUAUUCAAGCAAGGUGUCUCUGACAAUGUUCGCCAGCUCCUACAGGGUCUGAUAUGCAAGAAAGUGCGAAAGUAUCUCGACGGAGAACUGAACGUGAAGUUAGCCGAAGUCCAAACACGUACUCGUUUAAGCGAAGCAAUCGAGACGAACGCUGUUCGAUCGGUGGGAGAAGUAAUUUCGUCUCUGAUAGAUCAUCUAAAGCUAAUGCUCUUUUACAGGCUACGAGAGCCUCCGCAGUGCGAUUCUAAUACGGUUGACCUAGCAUGUGCUGGUGAGGUUUCCUACAAAGGCAAAGGUGGAACUCCUUUCGGACCACCAGCAAUCGCCUGGCAUCGCUUGAAGUCCGAUAAGCACAUGUUGAUGCUGCAACUCUCCGACUACCUGCCGAACUCAUUGCUCUACCAUGCACACAAGCAAGGUCUUACUCGACUACAUCUGACACCGUCGACUCCAGGAGUGUCUCAGUUCCUUCGCACCACUUGCGAAAGUUCAUUUUGUAUAGCUGAUUUAAUUCCGCAGUUGACCGAGUCUUACCCAAAUCGAGAUCUCGAGCUAUCCAUCAUCUCCACUCGUGCACCAGCUGUUUUGUUUUCGGAAAAGAAAGGAGGAGUGAUUUCGGUUAAUCUGGCUGGGGUAGUUGUUAUAUUUGUACUAGAAGGCCUUCGAAGGAAACAAUUAGUUGUCUUGGAUGCAGAAGUGGUUGCAGACGCCAGACUCAAUCUACAGCAACAGAACGUCAGUGGAAGCGUGGAACUGACGAAAUUCGAGUUGUCGAGCCGGUCUACGACGGUGAAAAUCUCUCAAGAAGAGCUCUCGGACAUUUCGAUUCUUGUCUCGCAGUUGUUGCAGAACAUGCUCAACGAUCUUCUCACGAGCGGAUUUCCACUUCCAUUACCCAAGGUCGUUGAAAAAAAAUUGUUCUCUGACCUUUUCAUGCAACCUCCAGCCUUUCUAAAUCGAAAGGAACGCUUCCUAGACCAGUCUAGUACAUAUUUUAGAAACCUAUAA